AUGAAAACAGGCCCAUUUGCCAGUAAGCUCGCUGUUAUUGUUGAAAUUCUUGAUCAUAACAGAAUUCUUGUUGACGGACCACAAGCCAUUACUGGAGUUCCAAGACAAGUUGUUAAUUUGAACACAAUCUCUCUUACCUCCUUUGUUGUAAACAAAGUCACUAGAGGUAUGACUCAUAAGAAACUUUGUCUCAGAUUUACUCAAGACGCUAUUAUUAAAAGAUUUAAUAAAACUGCUACAGGUAAAGCUAUUGAAAAGAGAAUUCUUAGAGAAAAGAUGACUGAUUUUGACAAAUUCCAAGUCAGUAUUAUUAACAGAAAGAUUAAUGCUGCUGCUAAAAUUGCUGUUGCCAGAAAAGCUCAUUAA